AUGGAGCUAGAGGCCAUGAGGAGAUACACCAGCCCAGUGAACCCAGAUGUCUUCCCCCAUCUGACUGUGCUGCUCUUGGCCAUUGGCAUGUUCUUCACCUCCUGGCUCUUCGUUUAUGAGGUUACUCCCCCAAGUGCACUCAGGAUAAUCUAUAAAGAGCUCCUCAUCCCUUUGGUGGCCUCGCUCUUCCCGGGCUUUGUCGUCCUCUUCUUGCUGCUCUGGGUUAGCAUCUUCAUAUGA